AUGGACAAUCAACCUUUUCUCUUGCAUCCUGGAAGAGCAGAGGAAUCCGGCAUGUCAACGAAUGAUAAUCUUUCUUCCGGUGUGCGUGAUGCUGCCGAUGAUGAUGGCAUCGUCCCCGCUCCGAGGACACCCCGUUCUUCUCCUUCGUAUGUUGAUCUCGUUGCCAACUUGAACAAUACCAAGAAACUUCUAAUCCGCCGGUCACAUUCCGCUCCUGCGAUGUUCAGCGGCAAGAAGGAGUUGGUUCGCGACAUUCCUGGACGUGCCCCUGAGUUUACCUUUUCCAUAGUCGGUCUCCCGUUGAUUUACGUCCUUGCGUAUUUCACCAUUGGCAUUUCCGUCUACAUGACUACCGGAAGUUUCAAGCACCAGGAGACCGAGGAGCCGGUGAGAUUCAUCGACGUCAUGUACUUCACCGCGGUCACGCUCUGCACGACUGGUUAUGGCGAUAUCAGCCCUAGCACCACAUCUACCAAGCUAUUCACUUCAGCGUUAAUCCUGGCAGGGCUCUGGAUACUCGGGAUUCUGCUCAACGGAUUGAUCCCCUAUAUCUGCGACUGGCUGGAAGCUGUUAUGUUGAGAGCCGUGCAUGAGAACAGCUUCAAUGCGAUGGUUCGGACGUAUAUGGUUGAUAAGGAAAAGGGCAGGAUGAGGAUAAGGAUCAAAGUUUGCUUGGCUUUAGGUGUGGUCUUCAUUUGCAUUGCGGUGGGGACGGUGACGGUUCAUUUCCUAGAGGGUUUGAGUUGGGUCGAUAGCUUGUAUCUGUCUGUCAGUUCAGUGACAACCGUUGGUUAUGGAGAUUGUGGGUUUUCGACCGCGAAGGGAAGGGGUUUCGCAAUAGUGUGGCUGUUAUUGAGUACAUUGGCCGUCGCUAAGGCAUUCUUGUACCUAACCGAACUGAGGAUCGACCCGAGGAAUCUCCCAAACGAAAACAGGGUUCUCCAGCAGAAGAUGACUUUGGGGGAUUUGAUCGCGGCUGACUUGUACAAGGACGGAUGUGUCAGAAGAUCGGAGUUCAUUAUCUACAAGCUAAAACAGAUGGGAAAGAUAGCAGAGAGAGACAUCGCGCCAAUAAGCAACCGAUUCGAUGUUUUGGACACAAGCAGAUUUGGCAAGAUUACCCUUUCUGGCCUUAUCAGGGAAAGUGAAUGAUUCUUUUAGAUGAGUGAAGUGUGGCAGGCGCUUGGUGAACCCAAUACAGCUUUACCAAAUUCGGAAGAAUACAGCAUGUAGAGACUGCCUCUAAAUACUCGCUCUUCAUUUUUCUCGUUCAAGCAAUACCGGCUUCCACCAAAACGCAAUGUAGAGAUGGAAAAGCUUAAAGUUUUCUUUUCUUCCUUGAAUUUUGUUUAAUGUACAGAAAUUUCUGCGACAUUUGGAGUUUUAAUGAUUUCUUUACGUGCGUCUAUCAAGUGUAGAAAUCAGACUCAGUUCCUGAUUGGUUAGCCAAAUAGUGAGAGAUUAAACCCGUCAUCGCAAGGUGUUCUCGCAACAGGAGACAUAGAUACUAGGCACAUAUAUGUCUUUCAUUUGCGAAAACUGGUCUAGUCGAGGAAAAAAGA